GACAGACAAUGACUGUAAAAGAUCCGAGAGAAAUUGUUAAACAUAUAAAUUCUCGCAAUGCCAAAAUAUUGGCUGUUUUUAUUAUUAUUGGCUUUAUCGGCUAUCAUGGAAUACUUCACUUAACAGCAGGUAUUGAUUCUUGCAAAUGGUUACUGAGUGAUGGGCGUUUUCAAGGUUUUAGAGUUUGGCAGCCAUAUGGCUGUAUGAUGCAUUCAUAUUCUUCUAGUGAUUCUCAAAUGUGUCUACAGUAUAUUGCUUACUGGGGUGGGAAAACACAUGUUGUCUUUAUUGGAGAUUCUCGUAUUCGACAACUGUACUAUGGUUUUGCAUCUUUAAUCAACCCCAAAUAUGUAAUUGAAGACAAUAUUGCUCACCAUAAUAUACAUUAUAGUGAUAAAGAAUUAAAAGUUUAUGUUGAUUUCAUAUGGGCUCCAAUGGUCAAUCAGACUAUGUUUGACAUAUAUAAGCCUUGGAUACAAGAUACCAACACCAGGCCAUCCCUUAUUGUAACUGGUAGUGGUGUAUGGGCUAUAAAGAUAAGCAAUGCCAGCAUGGAUAUGUAUGCAAGUUAUCAAAGAAAUCUUUCUCAUCUAGUGCCAAUGUUAAAUAGCUUGACUCCAAACACUAAAGUUUUAUGGGUUUUACAAGACCCAGUUGUGACAGAAAAGCUACAUCCAUCUAGAAAAAUGAUAACAAAUGAACAAAUUGAUUUGUAUAACAAAGCAGCUAUGGAAGUUAUGCAUCACAGUAAAAUUUUAAUAUGGAGUUCUUCACGAUUAGUCAGUCAAGGAUUAUAUCAAGAUCAGGUAGAUGGUUUGCACAUGGGGAAAAAUGCACUUAAUUAUGCUAUACAAAUUCUUCUGAAUAUGUACUGCAAUGAUCACAUGAAUUACAAUGAUGGCACUUGUUGUAGUAGCCCAGAACCAGUUACUGUUCUGCAGUUAAUUACAUUCUCAAUACUUGGUGUCAGCUUCACCAUUGCUCUUGCUAUGAUUAUUCAUCGCAAAUGGAUUAGUAGGAAGUUGCAUGUAAACAUGAAUGUGCUGAAUAAUGAAGGAGAAUCUCUUGAAAAUAGAGAAGUGUUUGGUAAAUUUUAUAAAUAUAAUGGAUCAAUACUUGAUGAGGAAAUUUUGGGUUGUAAUCGCCCACAAGAUAAAUCACCUUUUGAACUGGUUACAGCACUUGCUCGUCUUGCCGUUGUGAUGUCUUACUUUUUUCUUUGUGAUCGCACUAAUUUUUUUAUGAAGGAAAAUAAGUAUUUCACCUACACAAACUUUUUUCUGCCUUUGGGAUAUUUAUUUGCGCUUGGUUUGUUUUUUAAUGAGGAAAGUCAGUUCACUCAAGUUCUUCACCGUGAUCAAACUAAUGAAUGGAAAGGCUGGAUGCAAUUGCUUAUUCUUAUUUACCAUAUGACAGGUGCUAGUCAUGUUUUGCCUAUAUAUAUGCACAUACGAGUUCUAGUGACUUCAUAUCUUUUCUUGAGUGGAUAUGGACAUUUUACAUAUUUUUAUCACUAUGGAGAUUUUGGAUUUUAUAGAUUUUGCCAGGUUCUUUUCCGCCUAAAUUUCCUAGUUGUUGUUCUAUGUUUGUGCAUGAACCGUCCAUAUCAGUUUUAUUAUUUUGUGCCUUUAGUGUCAUUUUGGUUUGUUGUGAUGUUUGUCACUGUGAAAUCUGUUCCCCAAGUCACAGCUCCAGCUGCAGAAGUUAAUCCACUUUUGUAUUUCUACAUGAUUCUGAAGUUUGUUGCACUAUUUGGAGUUGUUACAGUUUUAUACAUGUCUGAGGUUUUCUUUGAGAAAAUAUUUGUUACUCGACCAUGGAAAGCAUUAUUUGUUACCACCGAUGAUUCAAUUAAAGAAUGGUGGUUUCGAUGGAAAAUAGAUCGAUAUAGUGUUGCAAAUGGAAUGCUAUUUGCGUUUGGGUUACAGUUAUUAAAGCAGUAUCACAUACUUGAUGAUAAAAAUCGUGGUAAUUUAUUUUCAAAAGGCAUUUCAUUAACGGCAGCUUCUGCAGCAUUAGUUGGUAUAGCGAGCUAUGCUGUAUUUGCAUUUCUAUGUAGAAACAAACUUGAAUGCAAUGAAGUUCACCCAUAUAUAUCUUUUGUACCUAUCUUGUCAUAUCUCAUUUUGAGGAAUAUAAGCAGUUACUUACGUACCAGAUAUAGUAUGUUUUUCGCAUGGUUCGGCAACAUUUCAUUAGAACUUUUCAUUGCCCAGUAUCAUAUUUGGCUUGCUGCUGAUACACAUGGUGUUUUAGUAUUGGUUCCUGGCUACCCUGUCCUCAAUGCUCUAGUAACAUCAUUUAUUUUUGUUUGUGUUGCACACGAAAUUCAUUCUUUAACUGACAUUCUUGUUAAAUAUGCUGUUCCGACAGACUGGAAAUAUCUAGUUCGAAAUGUUACCUUUUUUUUCUUGUUGCUUGUACCAAUAGGAAUACAUGAUGGAAUGUUUUAAUCACUUUUUAAGUAUUUAAACACAUUAGACUUAUUGAUUGGAAGUCUUCUUCAAAUGUAGUUUUAUACAAAUCUGUGGUUAUGGAACUGAUCGCCCUUAAGAAACUGAUUUGACUCUGUGUACUGUCUAUGUGUAUUGUGUUAUACCAAUGUCUUGUCAUACCAAUCUUACUGCAACACAAUUUUGUCCUUCCAAAAAGUGCUGGAGAUCAUUCUUAUAUUUCUAAGAUAAUCUCAUUUCAUAAGAAUUACUGUUACCAUUUAACUCUGUUUAUUAAAGGAAUUUUCUCUUCACAGCUUUCUAUUCAUGAUAAUAGAUGAAGAUUAUCUUUAAUUAUUCUGACAAUUAUGUCUGUCUUUGGUAUAAAAAAUUGAUAAGUAUGUUUUGGGAAACCUAAAUGUUGCAAGUAUCCUAAAUUUCAUCUAUAUUUUAGGCUGUGUUUAACGUUUAUGACUGGAAAUUAUUAAGAAUUGUAUUUUACAUCUGAAAUACUAAUGCCAAAAUUAGGUUAAACUUUAAAAUUCGUUGUUUAAUUCGAAAAGCAAGUAUAAAUUUAUGCAUCUAUAAUUCGCAUUUUGUUUUUUAUUUGCUCCUUUACCAUUUAUUUUUUAUUGGUGCUGAAUAUUAAAAAUUCGACGUUUAAAACAGUAAUUGAGAUAUUUUUGGAAAAAUCUAAUUUUAAUUAUUUUGAAAUUUUAUUUUGUUCUUUUGAAAAGGAUUUCAAAGCUAUGCACUGCAGAUGCAUAUUAAUGUUUAGAAAAUCCUAUUUUAUUUUAAAUAGUCGGGAAUAGUGUUAGUUUUACUUUUAUUCAAACGCCUAACUGUGAUAUAAAUUCUGAAAAGUUUGUUUAAUAUUUACUAUACUAUCAUUUUUUACAGUCUAUUGUUUAGAUGUUGUUUGAAAUUGAAAUUCAUUUAAAAAUAUUCAGAAUAAAUAAAGUUAAUUUAUUUAUGAUCAUUCCCUUCUACCAUAAACGGAUGAAAAGAAAGAAAGAAAUAAAAAUUUGAAAAUAUAAGAUUCCUCCAAAAUCUUAGUGCAGUUUAUAUUUUAAACUGUAUUUAAAAUUUUAUGAUGGUGCAGUUAAUUUUGUUGUGUUUAAUUUUUUUUUUUUUAAUUUUGCUUUAAAUUAGUUACUAUGACGAAAGUUUUCAACUGAAACGCAUUUUAGGGACGAAUGGUACAGUAGUAGAUAUUAAAGAUUAAGAAUUCUAUGUAAAUUUAAGCAGUUUCCUGUCUGAAACCACUUCUGCAGUUUAAGUUUAAAAUUUUGAGUAACUUUAAUUUUUCCGAAAAAAUGGGGAUUGCGUGUUUUUUUUUUUUUUGAGAAUUUAACUGAAUUUAUUUCUUAAAUCCAUAAUGGUCAAAGGUGUUUUGGGGCGGGAGAGGGGGUGAGGCAAUUAACCAGAAUUCUUGAUUAUCGGCUUGGAAAUUGUACCUUUGCUGUUGAAACGGUAUUUGUCUAGCUGUUUAAAUGUCAUUUGUUUUAAGGGUAUUUUUUAAAUGUAUUUUUGUCAAAAUUUAAUUGAAAUUAUUAUUAUUUAUAAUGCAAGGUCUUCUUUCUUAUUUAUAUAUCAUUAUAGCAUAUAUUUUAUUUUUUCUUAAUCUUUUCAUAAUGCUGAAACUAUUCAAUUGUUAAGUAUCAUGUUAUUAAAUAUUUUGGAGUACAGAUUAAUCAAGAAAAUUAUUCUAAAAAGCACAUAACAGAAGUUUAGAAUUUGCAUAUGAAACGUUAUUUUAGUUUUUUAAAUUUUAUUUAUUUAUUUAUUUUUUUGUCUGUAGAUGACAUAUAAUUGCUUUAAUCGUCAGUUAUCGUAGACUGUGAUAAAGUUAACACGCUCUGAAAUUUCUUUUUAUGUAAUUGAUUUUUGCAGCAUCUGUUACCAAGUAGCAGAACUGUACGAAAUUGCAUCAUAAGUAGACUGGAAAUUUAAAUGUCAUUGCUUGAUUUAUUGACAAAUUUGUUUUAUAAUUAUUUCAAUUUUUUUUUUGUUCUGUCCUAAAACAAUUUUUUUUAUCUCAUAAUUAAGUGUCACCUCCCCCCAAAAAUUUUAAAUACAGUUCAUGAGUAUUUGUAUUCACAAGGCUUUUUCAUUUCUUUUUUUAUGCCCUGAUAGUCAUUAAGAAUUUUAGAAUUAUAUUAAGUGCUGGACUUAUAUUAAGAAGGACAUUUGUUGAUUAUAUUCCUAUAAAAAUUAUUUUAAUGUAAGAUUUCCAGACCAUUUAUAUUCAUUUAUUGGUAUUUAGUAUCUUGUUUUUGAAAUAUAUAAAGCAUGAAAUUUUAAUAAUGUAUUUAAAGUUAGCCUUUACUGUUAUUAUGACAGUCAUUUAAUUUGAACUGUGUAAAACAAUAUAUCUGAAUGUGAUUUUAUCAUUCCAAUACAAAUUUAUAUAAUUAAAUUUUUAAUUUAGAUUUCAAAGAAUUAUUGCAUUUUACGAUUAUUAACAUUACAUUCCAUCUUAUGAAUAUCGAACGAUAUUACCAAAACAUAUAUUUACCAUGAGGGAACAUAUUGUGAUUAUUUUAUAAAGUUUUCAGAUUUUUUGCAUCCUAAAUUUUUUUAAAAAAAUUAAAUAUUGCACUUUUAUAUAUAAAAAAACAUUUAUGUUUGAAUUUCGAAAUAUUUUUAAUUCAUCACUUUUUUGACUAAAGCCAUUAUUUCGCAUUGUUUUUUUUUCUUCCAUUCCAUUUCCAAAUUAUUAAUUAAAAAAUAAUAUUUCUAUUUUUUGCAUGUUAUAAAGUGGGGCGAAAGUUCUCAUUAUCUGUAAAUAUUUCAAGAAGCAUCUUGAAGUUUUACUUACAAAAUGAGAUUUAAGUUAAACCUCAUCUUUGUCAUUAUGUGUAGAUAAUUUCAUUUCAACAUCAGUUAGAUAUUAUAAGAAUAUUUAUGACUGAUAAUAUUUUAUUGUUUUUGUAAGUAUAAUGUGUAAAAAUUAUUUAUUUAAAAUUUUAGUAUGAUUACGGUUUUGAAGGAUCUGCAUGAAUAUUGAUUGACAAAUUCAAAUAAGACAAAUUCCAACUUAUUUAUUCUUAUACUUCAUUCUCUUGUUAUUGCAACAAACAUUAAUUCAAAAAUUUCUACUUCAGAGCUUUUAUGGUUAUAUUCUAUUACCACCGUGUUUCUGCUUGCUUGAAAAAUACAUCUUUAUAAACUCUAUGCUAUGUAGAUUUUAUUGGAAUAAUAACUUUAUUAAAUAUUUCCAUUCGUUUUUAUUAUUUCUUGUGUAUCAAAUUAGUUUCAGUCCUUUAUAAUAAAUAUGGUAAUCUUUUAUGAUACAUGAUUAUAUUAAUGGACCUUAAAUUUAUCUUUGUCUAACACAAUUAAUUAAGUAUAUUGUCACAUUCUUUAUUCGGAAGUGAUAUAAUAUAUUCGUCAUUCAUAAAUUUAUUUCUUCAUAAAUAUUGAUCGAUUUAUCCUAAGUGGAACACUCAUAACUUUUUUUUAUUUAUUGAAUUCGCAAUGCAUAUUAAAGACUUUACAUUACUGUUAAUUUCAGAUUUAAGGAACAACACUUGACAUUAAAUUGAAAAAAAAAAAGCUAAAAUGAAAACGAUAUAUUUUUUAUAUUACAAAUUAUAGUUACUAUUUGUUCUAUAUCCAAUAAAACUAAAAAAAAUCAGUAAAUGUUUAGAUCAUUUAGGAAGAUUAAUGUAUAUCGUGUUGCAUUUAAUUUAAUUUUGACAUUUCAAUUAUCUAUAACAUUUUACUUCAUAGAAUAUUUUUUUAGUAGAGAUUGUGACAAUGUAUCCAAUUUUUGUUAAACUGCCAAUAUUGCAGUAUAAAAGAACAAAAUAUCCUGACUGAGAAAUAUGGGCCUAUAUAUACUUUCAACAUCCGUGCCUUUUUUUUCUCCCUUUAAUUGUAUUGAGCUUUGUUUAUGUCGUUAAAAUGUUUGUCAAAGAUUUGUAUCGAAUUUUAGUAUUUUUGAUUUGAAAGUAUUCUUAAUAUGAGAAAAUGUUGUUUGAAACUGAAAUACUACUGUAGUCAUGUUGUGCCAAAGUAUAUCAUACUUUGUACUUGUAAGAUAUUAUGAAGCAAUAAAGGUGAUAAUUUUUCUUCUUAAA